AUGGUCAAGACAACAGAGGCAACGCAAGCACAAGAACUGGAUGCAGCAGAGAAGCACUUCGCGAGUAUCAUGCUGGGGACCCUACGGAAGCUAACUCGCAGAUGCAAAGCGAGUUGCGACACUUUGCGGAAGUCCGAGUGUGUGCAGGAGCUCACGACUGUCGUAGAGAAGGUAACUUUCGGCAAAGACAUCACAGUGCAGACGAAGUUGGAGGAUGCGCGUUUCCAGAUGCUGAAGGCAUACAACAAGGACCACCCCUCCGAAGCGACCUGGGAAAUGACGACCCAGCAUGUCUUCGACCACUUUGAGUACCUGCUUAAGAAAGAAAGAGAAGAGGAGGAGGAAGCCAAGAAUGCAUAUCGAAAAACGCACCAGCUGGUCCAGUUGAAGAAGAUGGAGAGGACCACAGAGAUCGCCAAUCAGGGCUGCUGCGCCUGUGAGGUCGCCGUGCCGGGCAAGCGGCCAGUCAUGGGCAAAUACCCAACGACCACGACUUUCUGUGCUGCCAGCGACUGCACGCAGUACACAGGCCUAUCAAACAAGCCUGCCUGCUACCAGGUGCCGGACAUCUUCUGUGGCAUCCCACCGGAAGCAUGCCGCUAUGUGCCACCUUGCGGUGUCCAAAGCUUCACGAGCCGUGUCGGUACUUUCACGAUCACACGAGGUCGUUCUGGCUUACGUGCUGGCCGAUAUGCUUGGCUUGACCAAGGAUCCUUUGUUGCUGAAGUUCAUGUCGCAAAGUGCCGAGCGUGA